AAUAAUUGCUCCUCUAACGUUUGUCUUAAAUGUUCGCUGACAUGGGCUACGGACUUACGGUAGAGUUACUAACCAUACCAUGGGGUUACACUGUGGGACUUCUCAAUAGGAUGGGCACACAUUCAAUAUCAUGCCGUUACUACAUAAAAGAGAGGAAAAAAAAAAAGUCAUUCAGUAGAUGAAUUGCUACUCAUUUUCUCAGAUAAAUCGAUAAAAACCUAAAAGCAAUUACCUCGAAGGAAAAGAAAAAAAAAAAAAAAAACUUUAAAUCCCAUCUUGUAUGCGAGCAGAUGUUGACAGGGCAAUUUGCUCAAAAAUCCCAUCUGUUCUGUCGAAUUUUGCAUUAUUCCCAGAAUGAGAGUUUCUUGCUCCGUUCUUUUAUGUUGGUCCCAUUUGGAAUCUAUGAUACGACGGUUUAAUCGCCUCAAACCAUGUAGAAGUAUUUUUUAACAAGAUUACCCUUUGUUAUAUGGUAUACCAGUGUUAAAAUGGACUGUAAUAGAGGAAAUGAGAGGUACUUGUAAUUGUUUUCGAGGCGAAAAAAAUGAGGGAGUUAAGGGAUCUUUCUCUCCUCCUUGAUCAUGAUCAUGUGUAUCAAAUAAUUAUGAAAUGGUUGAUCAAGAUUCAAAGUAAAUGCUAAAAUCUGUAAUUUCGCUGACUUGUAUGUGUCACAAAUUUUUACUAUUCAGACCUGGUUGAUCUCUCAUGGAAGUAGCUAUGCCAACAAUAUUUCAAUUUCAAUGCCAAAAUUAUCGACAUUUCGAAAUAAGAGUACAUGGCCGGAAUUGUCUUGUUCACUAAGGGCUUGUGAAAGCAAAGCUUCUGUGGAUCUUUGCAAUGGGAAGACUGAAGUAAAUUGCAGUCUUGAAAGGCCUUAUCAUGUUGUGGUUGCUGCAACUCGAGAAAUGGGAAUUGGGAAGGAUGGAAAAUUGCCGUGGAAUUUGCCAUCUGAUCUCAGAUUCUUUAAGGAGAUCACAACAGCUACAAUGGGUGAUGGUAAAAGAAAUGCAGUGAUCAUGGGGAGGAGGACUUGGGAAAGCAUUCCUCAAAAGUAUCGGCCUCUACCUGGCCGCCUCAAUGUUGUGCUGACUCGUGCAGGGAAGUUGGGAGCUGAAAGUUUUGAAGAUUUAGUUAUAUGCAAUGGCUUGUCCUCAGCAUUGAAGUUACUGGCCGAACCACCUCAUUAUACGUCUACUGAGAAGGUGUUUGUUAUAGGAGGUGGUGAAAUUCUGAAAGAAGCAUUGAAUGAUCCUGGUUGUGAGGCGAUUCAUCUGACUGAUAUAGAGGUAAACAUCGAAUGUGAUACAUUCAUUCCCCAAAUUGAUUCAUUAUUGUUCAGUCCAUUGUUCUCAUCCAGGCAGAUGGUGGAAAAUAGUAUUCGGUUUUCUUUUGUGACUUAUGUCCGCAAGAGCCAUGCUGCUGAAGUAUCCUCCAGUUCACAAGAUAGUUCUUGUGAUGUUGACAGUGGAAGGGCUGUAAACAAGGCAUUGAAUUUUCACAAGAAUCAUGCUGAGCUUGAUUAUCUCAAAAGGAUUCAAGAGAAUAUUGUCAGUAAUAUUCUAAUGUGAGUGAGCACAUAUAUCACUAUCUCAUUCUCUCUAGGCACUGCACUGUACAUUUUUUUUUUUUUUUUUUUUGGUGGUAAUAUAUCUUUUGUCUACUUGCCAAAAAAAAAAAUGCAUUGAUCAAUUGUAUAGAGUACAUAUUUGCGGAAAUUUUGUAGCAGUUGGUAAUCCGUCUGGACAUGGCUAGCAUUUUAUUGUGGUGAUGGUGAAUGAUUCAAGUUUAAAUGGACUGACAGUUACCUCCGCA